AUGCAUAUAGAAGGCGCACUUUCAUUUCCAUGGGGAGAAGGUGAUGAUCUUGAAGGAGUCGACAACAAACCUCUAGAUGCUAUGCUGGUUGGGAGCUGUCUAGUCGUGUACGACUCGAGGGGGGAUAUGGUAGAUAGCCUUGGACCAGCGACUUUGUUUGCCCAGAAGUUGGUAGACAACAGUCUUGUACCUGAGGUUGGAAGGAUAGCUGGGGGCAUUAAAGCAUUCCAGGAGCUCAAGACAUGUUUGGUAAUAGACGCGACCGGCUCCAAUUCGGAUCGACCGGACUCAAUGGAGUCGCUGGGCUCGAGACUCAGCGGGGCUAUGACACCCAAGGGUGCAUCGCUUCCACAAGCCUUUCCUGAAACCAAACGAAGAUCCACGCCAAGAUGGAAGGUUACCAUAGACACGCCACAAGAAGUCCCGCCAGCCAUGGUGAUUCAGGGAUUGUACAUAGGAAACAAAACGCAUGCUGCAAACUUAGAAACUUUACAGAGGACUGGCAUCACUCACAUACUAAACGUCUCAAGAGAUGACUCGCGUCUCUUUGAGAACCAGAUUGUAUAUUUCAACUGCUUCGUCGCAGACUCGGUGACCAGCGACGUAUCACAGUUCUUCGACAGUGCCUAUUCUUUCAUUUCAGAAGCUCUCGACAAGCCUGGAAACAACGUGCUCGUACAUUGUGCUGGCGGUGUCAGCCGAUCGACCGCAAUCGUUGCCUCGUACAUCAUGCGAGCAAACCAUUGGUCUCUAUCCGCUACCUUGCAAGCUAUUCGCGACAAGCAUCCCGCAGCUGCGCCCAACUGCGCUUUCAUUCAUCAAUUGAUGUUGCUGGAGAAAUCGUUGGGCGUCACAAACCCUCCAGCUCCUUCCAUGCCGGACACAGUCGCCCCGGCAUACAGCGAAGCGUCUCCCAACGUCUCCUUGAAGCUGCCAGGAGAUUCUCUGGAUCCUGGGAUGACAUGGCAAGACUAUGCAGCAGCAUCAGCCACGCCCACCCCGUUGUCGAGGAAGAUCUCCGGAGGAGCACGGGAAGAGACCUCCUGGAACGAUGCUUCUAGAAGGAGACACGACCAUGACAGCACGCGCAACAAGGCCAGGCGAUGUCAAUCCGGCUUUGGAGGGUGA